UAUCGUCCUUUAGAAGCCUUUUGCUCUGGCCUAAUUGGGCAGAGCCCUGCAUGUUGCUUAGCUGAUGGCUGUGUCUGUAACUCCAGGUGCCUGCCUGGUUCAGUCCCAAGUUUCCUGGGGUUCAUCUUGAGGCUAGGAGAGCUGCACUUUGUAGGCUGCUUUCUAGUACCCUAUGCAUACUAAAUAGGAUUGCAGAAUGGCUGCCAUCCGGUGCUUAGGGACUUGGCCAAGGGCAGAGAAGAGAACUGAAGGAUUGAGCAAAUACUGUUGUGCAGCAUUUAAUAAAGGGUCUAGCUGAGGUCUGGACAGCUAUGGCCAUAUUCAUUAUCACCUCUGCUCAUGUAAGACAUCAGUUUAGCUAGUCACCCAGAACAGGGUGUAGCCAGCCCCUGGCACUGGGCUGCCUGGAGAGCAGCAGCUCACCUGUGCACCCAACUCUGGGAGCCAGAAACCUGCCAGUGAUGCCACCUGGUUCUGACCAAUGGUGAAUUGGCCAUGUGAGUGACAGCAGUCCUACCUAAACCAUCCUCAGGGGCCUCCCAGGAUACAGGAGUCACAGCCCCUCUUCCCCUACCCCAGUUUGGCUGCUAAGGUGAGGUACAUCCCCUUACUAGGCCAUGUAGUAAGGGGAUCUAGGGCUUGGUACUGCAUGGCAUCUGUGUUACCACCACAUGGCAAAAUGAAAGUCAUGAACUGAGUGAACUGUGCUCCAUUCAUUUGGGAAUUUGAAAAGGAGGGAGUGCAAGAAGAUAAAGCCUAGAAAGAAGAGAACCAAAAAAGAAAUUCUUUACUGUGAGGGUGGUGAGACAGUGGAACAGGUUGCCCCAUGAGGUUGUGGAUGCCUCUUCCCUGGAAGCAUUCAAGGCCAGGCUGGAUGGGGCUUUGAGCAACCUGGUCUAGAGGGAGGUGUCCCUGCCUACUGGAGGGGGGGUGGAACUACAUGAUCUUAAAGGUCCCUUCCAACCCAAACCAUUCUAUGAUUCUAAGUACAGGAGAGGAAAAGUUCUUGGGCUACCUGGUGGUUCCUCUGUGACCUCAGUGCAGAAUGUGACAGUGGUGGGUACCAGAGCUCAGCAUGCAGUGCUGGCUCUUGCUGCUCACUGUGCUACUGGGGGCUGUGCUCCCUCUGCCCCUGCGCCAAAGCUAUUUUGUCCCUGAAGACUUCUCUGCCCCCUUAGAACUCCCACAGCAGCACUUUGGCUUGGUGGAUGAUUAUGGCAUUAAACCAAAACAGCCUCACUUCAGGACCGUAACACCCCGGGAACAGCCAGCAGGACUGCAGAGGGCUGGCAAAACCAAACGUGAUGAGCUUGACUUGGAGUACUACUAUGAUGCUCAGCUGUGAGGGACAGCAGGGCACUCAGCUUCUGUGUCUUCAUCCUGCAAGAGUCUGACUCCGCCAGUGCAUUAGAAGUCACCCCUGAGGGAUGUGACGGGAAGCUGAGCCAUGGUCACAGCGAGG